CUCUCUCUAAAGGCCUGCACACACCUGUGCAAUCAGUCUCCUGGCCUAUCCCAAAACCUGGUCCCAGGAUUGGAGAUUUCAUCCCUCCCAGAUCUCUUUGAAAUCUCCAGGCUCCAGAUCCCAAAACAGACCUUACAAACAAAGGAGGAAGGUGAAAAGCCACUUUCCUCCAUAUCAAACAUUUACCCUGGAGCCCCUCAACCUGCCUUGUUGAGAAUCCAGGGUGACAGAUCGCCACACUGUCACAACUAUCAAAUC